AUGGCUACCCUGGCCUGGCUGCUGCCUCCGCUUCUGCUGCUCUGUGCCCAGCAGCAACGCGGCACCAGAGCCAUGAAUGACAUUGGCGAUUACGUCGGCUCCAACCUGGAGAUCUCCUGGCUCCCCAACCUGGAUGGCCUGAUGGAGGGCUAUGCCCGGAACUUCCGGCCCGGCAUCGGUGGCCCCCCCGUGAACGUGGCGCUUGCCCUCGAGGUGGCCAGCAUUGACCACAUCUCAGAGGUGAACAUGGAGUACACCAUGACUAUAUUCCUGCACCAGAGCUGGCGGGACAGCAGGCUCUCCUAUAGCCACACCAAUGAGACACUGGGUCUGGACAGCCGCUUCGUGGACUGGCUCUGGCUCCCGGACACUUUCAUCGUCAAUGCCAAGUCUGCCUGGUUCCAUGAUGUCACCGUGGAGAACAAGCUCAUCCGGCUGCAGCCUGAUGGGGUGAUCCUGUACAGCACCCGAAUCACCUCCACGGUGGCCUGUGACAUGGACCUGGCCAAGUACCCCAUGGAUGAGCAGGAGUGCAUGCUGGACCUGGAGAGCUAUGGCUACUCCUCUGAGGACAUCGUUUACUACUGGUCGGAGAACCAGGAGCAGAUCCACGGGCUGGACAAGCUUCAGUUGGCCCAGUUCACCAUCACCAGCUUCCGAUUCACCGUGGAGCUGAUGAACUUCAAGUCCGCUGGGCAGUUCCCGCGUCUCAGCCUGCGUUUCAACCUGCGGAGGAACCGAGGUGUCUACAUCAUCCAGUCCUACAUGCCGUCCAUUCUCCUGGUCGCCAUGUCCUGGGUCUCCUUCUGGAUUAGUCAGGCUGCAGUGCCCGCCAGGGUGUCUCUGGGUAUCACUACAGUGCUGACGAUGACCACGUUGAUGGUCAGUGCCCGGUCCUCCCUCCCGAGGGCCUCGGCCAUCAAAGCCCUGGACGUGUACUUCUGGAUCUGCUAUGUCUUCGUGUUCGCCGCCCUGGUGGAGUAUGCCUUUGCCCACUUCAAUGCUGACUACCGGAAGAAGCAGAAGGCCAAGGUCAAGGUCAAGGAGCAGAAGGCCAAGAUCGACGUGAAGAAUGCCAUUGUGCUGUUCUCCCUGUCUGCGGCUGGUGUCAACCAGGAGCUGGCUGUCUCCAACAGGCAGGGUCGCGCCCCUGGAAACCUUAUGGGCUCCUACCGCUCUGCGGAAGUAGAGACCAGGAGGCAGGAGGGGCCCCGCUCAGGCAGCAUGCGGGUGCUUUUCAAGCCCAUUGACGCGGACACCAUCGACAUCUAUGCCCGUGCUGUGUUCCCAGCGGCCUUCGCGGCGGUCAAUGUCAUCUACUGGGCAGCCUACACCAUGUGA